AUGAUCAUCAAUGCUAAAUAUCCUAAAUUGAAAGGAAGAGGAGAAAAUUUGGAUCUGAAGUCUCUGGGUCCUAGCACUUUUGGCCUUAUGAAGCAGAACCGCAAAACUUCAAAAUAUGUGUUUCAAGGAACAAAGCCCUUAGUGAAAUUUGGUUGUUUUGCUAAAAUUGGUGAGGAUUCAGACUCAGAUGAAGUUAUUGUCUCUGAACAGGAAGAUGACAAUACUCCUCCUGUAGCAAUUGUUGUAGAGGAGCAUGUUCCAAUGAUAAAUGUUAAUGAUGAUGAUGAAGAUGAUGAUGAGAUAGUUCUAGGGGAUAACGCCCUAGGAUUUGAUAAUAAUAGGGAUGAUGAUGGAGCUGAAAUGGGUCAAGAAGGUGAGUUAUCAGGUUUUGAUGAUGAUGAUGUAUACAUUGAUUACGGGCCGAAUGAUGAUGAACUUGGUUCGUUCUUUGAUAAUGUCAAUGAAGUUGGAAUUUCUCCAACGGAGACUCAGGGAGAAACCAAUAUUCUCAAGCUUCCACAACAAACACCCGAUCAGAUGGACAAUUUUUUUUGCUGA